AUGCCAGGCAAGCGACCUGCCACCUCUGGCUAUGCCCGUAUUGCACAAGCGGAGGAAGAGGACAGCUCCGACAACGAGGAUCCCUUUAAUGACCCCUCCAACACAAUCUCGUUCCCGACCACCGACUAUGCGCCUAUACAACCACGCCGACGAGACUCAAUACGACUACCGAGUGGCUCAAAUUCGCCGGGCAGGCCCGGACGACGACGGCGAGCCAACAGUGGAGUCGACAUCAAAGCUAUAAAUGCUAGGCUGGAACGAUGGGCCGACGAGAUCAAGGAUCGUUUCAAGAGGAGAAGAGUGAAGGGCAAGACUUCAGAGGAAGAACAGCUGGAGAUACAUCACUCCGUCUUCCAAGCCCCCGACUGGAUCCGCCCAGCGACGAAGGAAACCUUGGAGGCCGACUAUGGUGACGAAGGAGAACGAAUGUCGAAGCUGGAAUUCGAUGAUCUCGUCGAGUCUGUCAGGACAGCGAUCGAGUUGGGGCUUCAUCCGAAGCUCAUUGCCCAAGGGAGUAGUGGCUCAUACUUUGCACGCAGUAGCGGCGGUAAGGUCGUGGGCGUCUUCAAGCCGAAAGAUGAGGAACCGUAUGCGAGCAAGAACCCCAAGUGGACGAAGUGGAUUCAUCGGAAUCUCUUUCCCUUCGCCUUCGGCCGUGCCAUGUUGAUUCCGAAUCUUAGCUAUGUGUCAGAGGCAGCGGCUUAUGUGUUGGACUGUCAGCUGCGGACAAACUUAGUGCCAUACACAGAUGUGGUUGGCUUCAGCAGUAAAAGCUUCCACUACGACUGGAUGGAUCGCCGAGCCUAUUACCGUAAAGGACGGCCUCUGCCGGAGAAGCUAGGGUCGUUUCAGGUAUUCCUCAAAGGAUACAAGGGAGCUACUGACUUCUUCCGCGAGCACCCCUGGCCUGACCAAUCGACUCAAAACUUCUCGAAUGUUCCCUCGCAAAAGCGCAAAAGACGGAAACGGUGGGACGAGAAUUGCCGGCCCAAGAGCAGAGGAGGCACAGACAAUGACUACGACAGUGACGAUGAGGAGGAAGGCACGAACUCUGGCUCUCAAAGUAGGCAAGAGCACGCAUUUUGGAGCGAGGAGCUGCAGCAGAGUUUCCGAGAAGAGCUCGAGAAGCUCGUCAUAUUGGACUAUGUUAUGAGGAAUACGGACAGAGGUACGGAUAACUGGAUGAUCAAGAUCGACCGGGAGACACAAAAAGCCACAAUCGUGAGUGAGCCAAUACAGCUGGAUGGAAAAGCGGACGAUGAUGUCGGCUACCACAGGCGGAAGGAGAGCAUGUCAGCAACGCCCAAUGGUGAGGGCACGCCGAAAGAGAAUGCUAUACCCAGAGUCGGUGCCAUCGACAACAGUCUGUCGUGGCCGUGGAAACACCCCGAUGCCUGGCGGAGUUAUCCUUUCGGCUGGCUGUUUUUGCCAGUGAGCUUGAUCGGACGGCCGUUCUCGGAAAAGACCCGGAAACACUUCCUCCCACUCCUCACUUCGAAAGAAUGGUGGAGUGAGACUCAAGUCAAACUGCGAAGGUGUUUUGAGAUCGAUGCGGACUUCCAAGAGCGCAUGUUUGCACGACAAAUGGCUGUCAUGAAAGGACAGGCUUGGAAUGUGGUCGAGACCCUCAAGACACCUGAUCAUGGCCCGCUAGAGCUCACCCGGCGCAAUCGCGUUCAUGUUUGGGAUGAUUUGGUAGAUAUACCUGUCGCAGUACCGUUGCCACGAGCCUCCGAAGAGAUGCGCCGCAGGGCAGCAGCCAGUAAUGCAGCAGACUCUCAGAGGCGAGCAUUGGCCGUAGCGACACCGCCACGCCGCCACGAAGAAGAAGAGGAGAUGGAUAUAACAUCUACCCUCCAGCCAGGCACUGCGGCUAACAGUGCAGAUCUUCUUGGACUGACGGGCACGUCUUUACCAACCGGCGUCAAUCGGUUCAAUCAAUCGCGGCAGCCGUCCGCCCAAGACAUAAAUCGUCCUGAAGCACAGGAAGUCAUCAAAGAGCAUCUCUCACCAGAGCUACAACCGAAGGAACUGAAGUUCUCGCCUUCGACCUUGAACACCGGCACAAGACCAGGAACGUAUAGAUCACGGACUGGAGAGAAUAGAAUGAGCCACGACAUCCCGCGCAGCCAGUGGCAGGCGAGUCCGCAGACACGAAGUCGAAGGUUCAGCUUGAACUUCUCGAGAAGCAACAGCUUGGGCGCGUUUGAUGAUGAUGGGGACCUUGGUUAUGCGGCUGCUGCGGAUCAAGAGAGCAGUAUGCGGAAGGUGAUUGUUGAGAGGCUUGAGAUGGUCAAGAGCAAGCCUCCGGUAUUUACGUGGUGUUAG